AUGAAUCGUCCGCGAUGGCAGCGGCUGGUGCGAUCGCGAAUUAUUUCCUCUCGUCACAUUCCAUGCGCUGGUGUGUCCCCAGCACGCGCAUUCUCCAUGUCGGGGCGGCGCGGGCUCAUGGACACCACCGGCUUCAGUGAGGACCAGCUUACUGUCCGAGAAGCGAUUUCUCAGAUCUGUGCCAACUUCCCCAACACGUACUGGCAGGAACGCGACCAGCAAGAAAAGGACCCGAAGGAAUUCCAUGCGGCUUUGGCCAAGGAUGGAUGGCUCGGCAUUGCUCUGCCUGAAUCGUUUGGAGGUGCCGGACUAGGAAUUUCCGAGGCCACAAUGAUGAUGCAGACCAUCACCCAGUCCGGGGCAGGCAUCGCUGGGGCUCAGGCUAUCCACGCCAAUGUCUAUGCAACACAACCACUAGCUAGAUUCGGCACUCAAGAACAGCUGGAGACAACCAUUCCUCACAUCAUCAACGGCACAUGGCGGACUUGCUUUGGGGUGACCGAGCCAAACACUGGUCUUGAUACCCUCCGGCUCAAGACGCUGGCGACCAAAACACCGGACGGCUAUUCUGUCUCGGGUCAAAAAAUCUGGAUUACGUGUGCGCAGGUCGCAUCGAAGAUGAUCCUGCUUGCACGAACAACUCCGUUGGGGGAGGUAAAGAAACCGACCGAGGGUCUCUCUAUGUUCUGUAUUGACAUCGACCGAAACCACCCCGGGCUAGAUCUGCGCAAAAUCAAGAAGAUGGGCGGGCGUGCCGUGGAUGCCAACGAAGUGUUCUUUGAUAACUACCAGAUUCCAGCCAACACGUUAAUUGGGCAAGAGAACCAGGGAUUCAAGAUCAUUCUGCACGGAAUGAAUGCCGAACGCUGUCUCCUGGCGGGCGAGGCGCUCGGUCUGGGCUACGCGGCUCUUGAAAAGGCCUCGCAAUAUGCGCGAGAGCGAGUAGUGUUUGGAAGAGCCAUUGGACAAAACCAGGGCGUGGCACACCCGCUGGCCGAUGCCUAUAUGAAACUGGAAGCGGCUAAACUGGCCACUUAUCAUGCUGCACGGCUGUAUGACACCAAUGAUGGCUCGAUCCCCAUCCACACCGUCGGGGUGGCCUGCAACAGUGCCAAGUAUUUGGCUGCUGAAGCGGCUUUUACAGCUUGCGAACGGGCGGUGCUUGCGCAUGGUGGCAUGGGCUACGCGAUGGAGUAUGAUGUUGAACGAUACCUGCGCGAGUGUCUGGUGCCCCGGAUAGCGCCAGUCAGCCGCGAGAUGAUCCUGAAUUAUGUGAGCGAGAAGAUGAACUUCGCGUAG